CGACCGAGCGAUGCGGGAAGCGACGGUUGAUCGUCGUCGAUUUCCAUUUCCAUCGACUCCGUUCGCAAGCUCGUAGAGAGCACUGCGAAGGUUAACUGAGAGAUGCGGAAGGGAUUGGUGAUCAUGCGUACGUAGGGAAGAGUAAUCUCGCGUCGGGUACGAUGCCGCGAAAAUUCUCGCUUCAAACAACCCUACGACAACGACCAACGCAUAUCUCGACCGGCUUGCACCCCUAUCGACGCGUCGCGCCUUCAAUCGUGAGAAAAAAGGGAGAAUCUGCCAAUCGCGUCGACUAUUCUCAACCUAUUGGUGUCGUCGGCGAAGGACACUCUUUCUUUGCUGGAAGGGAUUUCCCAGCGCGGUUAGUUGGGAGAGAAGCGAAAAAAGAGAAAAGUUCCUGUGAGAGAUUGCUAUCCUCGCCUGACAUAGCGAAGACGAACGAAGCAUCCCUCUCCAGAGACUAUCAGAGAUAAAUCGUUUCAGGACGUACGUACUCAGCACGAAGAAUUUAAAGAGCCAAUUUCAUCGAGCAGCGACUUGAUUGUGCAUUGAAAAUCGAAAAAUCGGUAAAGAGGUCCAAUCGUUGGAAUCCACUUUGCAGUAAAUUAUUGAUUUUACUAAAAAAAAAAAGAAACGUUAAUUAUGAUUCAUUACAAAAUUAUUAAGAUUACGCGUGAGUGAUAAGUGCACGUAAUAAAUUGACAAAUGUCCGCGAAUAAACACGGCGAACGAAAUAAUUAAGUCGUUAAAUCAAGAUUAAUGUAAGUGUAAAGAAGCAAGAAAGAAUGAAGCUUAGGAAAUCAGUGUCGAACGAUCCUGUUAAUCGGCGCUUAAUGAGUGCCGCGUGAAUGUGCGGAAAAGAGGACAACUACCGAGAUGAAACUGGGAGAUAAUAUGACUAUGGAAGCUUGUAACGUAUGGAGCGACGUGGGUAGUCCGCGAAAGUAUCGGCCACCACGAAUCGGCGACAUUCCGCGAGGUUCUGCGGUCGAUAGUUCUCCCUCAAAUUCACCUACUUCGAAGACGACAGGUGCUUCUGACACUGAACAAUUAUCGACGGAUGCGCCAGGCCCGUCCAAAGUACUAUCGAGUCCGGAGUAUAUCCAAGAAGUACGCAAAGACAGUGCAUUGUACCUUGAAGAGGGUGAGGGUACGCUAAAGACUGUGACACAGACUACUACUGAUGUUCUCCGAAGACAGAGCAGUGGCUAUGUGAGCCGUCGAGAUAGUUUGGAGGACAACAGAAGAAAUUCCACGAGUGACACGCAACAGCAAGAGAAGGAGAGAUACAAAUCGAAAUCAAUAACUCUUGGAGCCUUGAUUGAGGAUCUUGCUGGUAGAAAAGAGGAGAACAUUGAGGAGAACAUUGAAAAUAUUAAGCCAUCCGCAGAGACAGCGAAAGAGAGAAUGCCAACGACAGAGAUAUAUAGAAAAGUGUCGAGUUCCGACCUCGACAUGCCCGACGUUGAUGAGGCGAAGGAGGUCGUCAGAGAGAAAACUCUGCCCCGACAAAGGAGUUUCGAGACUCAGGAGAUCACCGACGGACUGACGACACGUCUCAGCGAUAUGCAAGUGACGUCUAUUUUCAAGAACCCCAAUAUUUACCUUCCGCGCAAUAGCGGCAAAAAUGCACCAUCGGACGAGGCGGGCACAAUUCAGCGAGUUGACACAGUCAUCGAUCAUUCUGGCGGCGACUCGAAUUGUAAGAAUGUGCACAAGACAAACGUGGAAACUAUUAUUGCCUCGGAUAAUAAUCGGACUGUAGAUUUGAGAAAAUUAUCCUUGCCCGACGAAGCAGGACCGAGCCAGCGACUGUUCGAGAAAGCUGACGUCACCUACAAAUCCGUUCAUUCUCGCUACCCUCACGCCAGCCCUCAUAGAUCGCCCAGGAAACGUAUCAGAGCGCUCAACAGGGAAUGUUCCGUCGAUAGCCAGCAGCAUGACAACCAACAGCAAUUAAACCAAUACAAAGUGCUAAAUGAAAUCGGAAAGGGCUCUUUCGGUGUCGUGAAGAAGGUUUUCAACGAAGAGGAUGGCACGUAUUACGCCAUGAAAAUAGUGAGCAAGAGGAAAUUAAUGAAAAAAACAGGGAUAUUUGGGAGAAUACCACCGCGCAGAGCAGGUGCUGAUCCCUUGGCGAAAGUUUAUAGGGAAAUCGCCAUUCUGAAGAAACUCGAUCACCCCAACGUCGUGAAACUAGUCGAGGUGCUGGACCAUCCCGACAAAGAUAAUCUCUAUCUGGUCUUCGAACUAGUCCACAGGGGUGAAAUUCUUCUUAUACCCACCGAUAAACCUCUGAAUGAAGCAACGGCCAGGCGUUAUUUUCGCGAUGUUGUCUUGGGAGUCGAAUAUUUGCAUUACCAAAAGAUAGUACAUCGUGACAUAAAGCCAAGCAAUCUAUUGGUGGAUAGGGACGACAGAAUUAAAAUCGCUGAUUUAGGUGUCAGCACAGAAUUAAGAGAAUCUGGAGAAUUAUUAACAGGACAAGCUGGUACACCAGCUUUCGCAGCGCCUGAAACAACCGUUGCUAACGCACAAUACUUGGGACCGCCCUGCGAUAUAUGGUCGAUGGGGAUAACAUUAUACGUGCUCGUGAUCGGAGAUCUUCCUUGGCGCGCUUCCGAUAGUACAGCCAUUCAAGAGGUCGUUCGUUCGAAACCGCUCAUGUUCCCUGAUAAUCGCUUAUCUUCGGAAUUGCGAUAUUUAAUUGAGGGAAUGCUGGAUAAGUCGCCGGAAACCAGGCUCAUACUCCCGAAAGUAAAGCAGCAUCCGUGGCUGACGAAUAACGCAACCGAACCACUGCCGGCCGAGGUCGACAACUGCCGCUUACGGGUCACCGUCACCGAGGAGGAGGUCAUAAGACUCGGCACUCUGCUUCUCGUAAAAAAUAUGCUGAAACAGCACAGCUUUCAGAAUCCAUUUCUGCCUAAGCGGCUCGGACGGACAGCGGACAACGACGCCGGCACAGAAUCGCCGGCGACAGGACCAAAAGUCGGCGUAUCAUCCUCGCCACAUAGUGAUGCGAUGAGAGAUGCGAAAGCAGAACGUUUUCACGAAGCCGGGAGAAGCAAUUCCGCGCCGGAUUCCUACGAUUGGCACACAAGCGGCAGACAAUUAUCGUUGGAAAAUCCCUUAUCGCCUGUGACGGAAACCGAGAGGAGAUAGUGUCACUGUCGAUAGAAGUAGCACGGAACAUCCCGAUU